GAAUGUUUGAUUAGCUCCUCUGAGAAAAGAGAAAAGUUGCUUGGACCUCUCCUUGUUUCUUCUUUAGAAUAAUUUGGAUGGGAUUUGUGAUGCAGAAAAGCUUAACGAAAAAAGGAUAUCCCUUCUGUGUGGUGGAAAUUUUUUGAAAAAAAGUUGCUUUCUUCAAACAAGGGUGCCAUUUUGAUAUUUAUGGAGAUUGUUGUCCUCACUAUGAAGGCAUCUGUUAUUGAAAUGUUCCUUGUUUUGCUGGUGACUGGAAUACACUCAAAUAAAGACAUGACAAAGAAGAUUAAAAGGCCCAAGUUCACUGUGCCUCAGAUCAACUGUGAUGUCAAAGCCGGAAAGAUCAUCAAUCCUGAGUUCGUUGUGAAAUGUCCAGCAGGAUGCCAAGACCCCAAAUACCACGUUUACGGCACGGAUAUCUACGCGUCUUACUCCAGCGUGUGCGGUGCUGCGAUUCACAGUGGCGUGCUGGAUAAUUCAGGAGGGAAAAUACUUGUUCGGAAAGUUGCUGGGCAAUCUGGCUAUAAGGGGAGUUACUCCAAUGGCAUUCAGUCACUGUCCCUGCCACGUUGGAGAGAGUCCUUCAUCGUCUCAGAAGGUAAACCCCAAAAGGGUGUAACCUACCCAUCAGCUCUUACAUAUUCAUCAUCUAAAAGCCCUGCUGCCAAAACAGGUGAGGCCACACAAGCCUAUCAGAAGCCACCAGUUCCAGGAGCAACCGCACAGCCAGUCACCCUGACGCAGGUCACGGGAGCCACUGCCUUAGGAGCCCACACCAGCCUCCCAAAGCCAUCCCUGUCCACAGGCUCCACCACCAGCAGCCUCAGACCCCAGCCCGCGGGCCACAGGAGCUGGGAGCUGGAUCUCGGGGCCACCAGCACUUACAUGAGCAGCCAGAACAGCCCCCGCGCCGAUCCAGGGGAAAUGGACCCGUGGAAGCCUGGAUCGGUCCUUUUAGAUGCAGGAUUUGUUCCAAAAGAAGAAUUAAGCACACAAGCUUUGGAGCCGCUAUCCCAGGGAGAUCCAAACUGCAAAGUUGACUUGUCAUUUGUAAUUGAUGGGAGCUCAAGCAUUGGCAAACGUCGAUUCCGAAUCCAAAAGCAGUUCCUGGCUGAUGUUGCCCAGGCUCUGGACAUUGGCCCUGCUGGUCCGCUGAUGGGUAUUGUUCAGUAUGGAGACAACCCUUCUGCCCAGUUUAACCUCAGAACUCACAUGAAUUCCCGGGAUCUGAAAACUGCCAUAGAGAAAAUUACCCAGAGAGGAGGGCUUUCCAAUGCAGGCCGGGCCAUCUCCUUUGUGACCAAGAACUUCUUUUCCAAAGCUAAUGGGAACAGAGGCAGCGCUCCCAAUGUGGCCGUGGUGAUUGUGGAUGGCUGGCCCACGGACAAGGUGGAGGAGGCUUCGAGGUUUGCAAGAGAGUCAGGAAUCAACAUUUUCUUCAUCACCGUCGAAGGUGCCACUGAAAAUGAGAAGCAGUAUGUGGUGGAGCCCAACUUCGCACAUAAGGCUGUGUGCAGAACAAAUGGCUUCUACUCACUCAAUGUGCAGAGCUGGUUCAGCCUCCACAAGACUGUGCAAGCUCUGGUGAAGCGGGUCUGUGACACCGACAGACUGGCCUGCAGCAAGACCUGCCUGAACUCGGCCGACAUUGGCUUCGUCAUUGACGGCUCCAGCAGCGUGGGGACGGGCAACUUCCGCACGGUUCUCCAGUUUGUGGCCAACCUCAGCAAAGAGUUUGAGGUUUCAGACAUAGACACGCGGAUCGGGGCUGUGCAGUACACCUAUGAGCAGCGCCUGGAAUUUGGAUUUGACGAUUACCACACCAAGUCUGACAUCCUCAAUGCCAUCAAGAGGGUGGGAUACUGGAGUGGUGGGACCAGCACAGGGGCUGCCAUCAACUAUGCCCUGGAACAGCUCUUCAAGAAGUCCAAGCCCAACAAGAGGAAGUUAAUGAUCCUCAUCACUGAUGGGAGAUCCUAUGAUGAUGUCCGAAUACCAGCCAUGGUUGCCCAUCACAAGGGAGUGAUCACCUACGCAAUAGGUGUGGCAUGGGCUGCGCAGGACGAGCUGGAAGUCAUCGCCACUCACCCCGCCAAGGACCAUUCCUUCUUUGUCGACGAGUUUGACAACCUGCACAAAUUUGUCCCCAAGGUCAUCCAGAACAUUUGUACAGAGUUCAACUCGCAGCCUCGGAACUGAAUUCAGAGCAGGUAAAGCGACCACAGAUGCUGCUUUCCCAACCGGCUCUGGGACAACCCCCAAUGCUUUAUGGGGCAGUAGAGCAUGUAGGUCUUGGACAAUGGAUGUGCUGUGAUUAUUUUCUGCCUGUGUGGUUUUUCAUGCUUUGAAACUUGGAGUGAGAAAGAUGAUCAGAAACUUACAGAAUGAGGCAAAACGAUCCAUCAUUUUGAGGGUGCUGGGGAUUUACCUUUGAUGAUUGUUUUCAAAAUAAGUGUUCAGAGUAGAGUGCAGAACUUAAGACAGGCUUCACUAGAGCUUUGGAGAGGUUUCUUUCUAGUUUUAUUUCUAAUUACGAUUCUGUAACCCUCAACAAAUUCCAUUUUUAUCCUAACAAUAUAGGGGUUGCUUAAUUAAAUGUUUUAAAGGAUUACACACAAUCAUUCUGACUGUAUCCUGAAUAGCAUUCACAGGGUUUAUGGAGAACCACCCUCCGCUCCUCUCGUUCCCCAGGGCACCUGCUAUACACCCACCCCAUGGUAACAACACAACCAUGGCGUGCAGAGCAAAUGUGGCAGCAGCACAGCCACUCCUGCUUUACCUCCCUCCUCUCUGUUAUCUGAAUCACCAUGUACCUGCAUCCUAUAGCUUUCAGAGUUGAGGAAUGGGCCUGGAGGAACACGGUGAUCUGGCCUAACAGCAGUGCUCAUGAGGCUGCUGCUCCUCUUAGCCUGAGCUGCACAUUAGACUCUCAUAAGAAGUCAAAUGUUGGUUCCCAGGCUCCAUUUCAAGAGCUAUGGAAUCUGAGUCUCUUGGGAUGGAACCUGGACACUGGCAUUGUUCAAGGAGCUCUCUGGUGACGCUGAUAUGCUGCCGUUGAUUGAGAACCACUGAGCUGCCUCUGAGGGGUCAGUGUUAUAGGUGUUUCCUGGGAGAGCCCCUAUUUAUGCCUGUUGUCCUGUGUCCCAGUCAGUUUUAGCAUUUGCGCUGCUUCGGUCUUUUGUUAACCAGAUAUGAUCAUUAAUAGCUGCAUUCAAAUAAGCCAGGAUGGAGUUUGGUUGAGCUCCACUUUUUACUUCCAGCUUCUGCCAAGGGCUCAUCUGUUAGGAUAUGAAUCUGUGUGUAAUGGAGGAGUGUUCCAAAGAAUCAUUAAUAAAGAUGACUUAUCUGACAAAC